CUUAUUUGAGUAGAUUAUUAUGUGUGCACUAACUGAAGUUUACCGUGUGCGGGGGGCAGCAGCAGCACCGGGACCUGCUCAGCUCCUCAUCACGUUCUGCCGGUCAGAGGAUGGAGGCGAGGUGAAAACACAUCUCAUUGGCUCCCGCUGCUCCAUUUAAAGGAAUCCAACUGGUUUGUCCUUUAAGAUCCUUCAGCAUCCAGUAAGAGGAACUUUAAACCUUCGCUAUUUUCUGAAAGGGAGCAUACAUUUGGGAAGAUCCGAUUAUGAGCGUGGAGCAACGUCUUUGAGCCACUUUUAUAUAGGCUAUAGCCUAGAAUCUCAUCAAUGAUCGACGAACGAUUUCUUAGCAGCAAAAAGCAAUAUUUCUCGCCUCACAUAAAUACUAGCUUAUAAUAGAGAGAUUUCUGUGGUGCACGAGGGAUCUCUAUAAGAGCUUUAAAGGGUUACUUAGGGACUGUAUUCCAGAUCCAAAGGAUGGCGAUAUGAACGAUUUACACUUUUAUUGACCGGCUGAUCUAAUAUUACUAAAGUCAUGGAACGAUGGGGCGCUUUUCUAUAAGUACACAAUAAUUUCCCAUGAUAUGGAGAGUUCGCCAUGCGCUCCUUUGGGAACCGCUGCUGUUGGUAACUUUUAUACCAUGGAUUCAGGAGGGCUUUCAACAAGUUUUAUGGCUCGUUUAUCUUCUGGAACAUGAUUCGAAUUGAUUCUGCGAUUUUGUGAGGUAAUUACGCGAAGGCUGCAGGAUUUCUGAAGACUUUUGAAUAGGUUUAUGUCAUUCAUUUAUCGCACGAGCCGGAGAAGAUAUCGUCGACUCUUAUGGGAAUUAAACACUCCUCCCGCUGUUUGCUCCUCAGGAGAAAAAUGGCGGAUACGGAAAGCACUGAGCAACAGCCCCUGAGUGCCGCCCCAUCCCAGUCGGUCCAGCCAUCUCCUCUGCCCAAACCAGUGUCAUCGGUCCAUCAUGCCCAGAGGCCCACACACCCAUCCCACGCACCUCACACCCCUCACUCAGCCAGCUUACCCAGUUGCCCCGGCAGAGGAAAGAUGGCCAAGUUCCUCAACCCCGACGAGAUGACCUCCAGGGAUUACUAUUUUGACUCGUACGCCCACUUCGGCAUUCAUGAGGAAAUGCUUAAGGACGAAGUGAGGACGUUGACAUACAGGAACUCCAUGUACCAUAACAAACACAUCUUCAAGGACAAGAUCGUGCUGGACGUGGGGAGUGGUACUGGCAUCCUCUCCAUGUUUGCUGCCAAGGCCGGAGCCAAGCACGUGUAUGGGAUUGAAUGCUCAAGUAUAUCAGAAUACUCUGAGAAAAUCAUCAAGGCCAAUCACCUGGACAGUGUUAUAACCAUCUUUAAAGGGAAAGUGGAAGAGACAGAGCUGCCGGUAGAUCAGGUGGACAUUAUCAUCUCAGAGUGGAUGGGUUAUUGCCUUUUUUAUGAGUCCAUGCUCAACACAGUCAUCUACGCCAGAGAUAAAUGGCUGAAACCUGGAGGUCUGAUGUUCCCAGACAGGGCUGCUCUAUAUGUGGUGGCCAUUGAAGACAGACAGUACAAGGACUUCAAGAUUCACUGGUGGGAGAACGUUUAUGGUUUUGACAUGACCUGCAUCAGGAACGUAGCUAUGAAAGAACCACUGGUGGACAUCGUGGACUCAAAACAAGUGGUAUCCAACGCCUGCCUGAUCAAGGAAGUGGACAUCUACACAGUGAAGCCAGAGGAACUGUCCUUCACCUCCUCGUUCUGUCUGCAGAUCCAGAGGAAUGAUUAUGUCCACGCUCUGGUCACCUACUUCAAUAUCGAAUUCACCAAGUGUCAUAAAAAGACUGGCUUCUCCACAGCACCAGAUGCCCCAUACACACACUGGAAGCAGACAGUGUUUUAUCUGGAGGAAUACUUGACUGUGAAAAGAGGAGAGGAGAUAGUCGGAACUGUCAGCAUGAAGCCAAACGAGAAGAACGCACGUGAUCUGGACUUUACCUUUGAGCUGGAUUUUAAAGGUCAGCUAUGUGAUGCCGCUAUCGCUCAUGACUAUAAGAUGCGCUAAGUAUCCAGCAGUGGCGAGAGACGGUUUGUGACAGUACUCAGAGAAGCACAGGCAGGGGCUGCUCCGGAUCACAGCUACAGCCCUACUGCUGGGAACAGACACAGACCGAGAGAAAGACCAGCACAGAAGUUGUUAUCUCUGGGAGUCUUGCCAACGUUUCUGGAGUGGAGUGGCACUUCUAGCAAUAGCAGCCUUGCCUUCGCCGACUCUAGCCUGCACUAGUACGCCAUCUCUCCGACUGUUCAGGGGCCAACUAUGACUACACCCCUCUGCAAACAAAAGAAUGUCAUGCUCUUAUGAAUGUUAAGUGUUAGUUUAUGGUUACUUUGCUUUUAGAUUAGAAGUGUGAGAUAAGAUAUUUAAUACUGAAGGUUGUGCUUCCAAGUCCAGGCAUUAAAAAUAUGUCGAUUUAACAUAUAUUAUGAGAAUAACUCCACUUACAUAGUAAUAAUUCAUUUGCUGGACUUGAAUAAUUUCAAUGCAGUAAAGUAAGUGAUCUUUUUAUUUAAAUCAGGUUUUAACAAAAAUCCAGGUAAUUCUCAGAAAAGAGUAGUUUUUUGCUAGAAAUAAUCCAUUGCUUACUUAAAUAUCAUUGGCCAAUGCUAAGAACAAUAUUUUUUUUCCCUGUAAAGCCUUAAUAAUGUUUUUUUUUUUUUUGCACCUACAAGAUUGGCAAAUACAACUAAUGCUUUACAAAGCUUAUAUACAUAAAUACAUAAAUAUUGAUGAAGUCUAUAAGAAAAACCUUGUGGUGAAACAUUUUUAUUUCACCACAAUGUUUUACUAAAAAUAUCAAUUAUGUUUAAAUGUCAUGGCAUAAUCAGCAUUUUUAUUAUACAUAGACCAUAAAAGAAUAUUUACAUUUCAAUAAAAGCUAAAUUUAGCUAUUAUUAUAUUAUAUACUAUUAUAUAUAAUUGCAUGGCAGUUUCAUGCUGCACUAAAAACUAAACUUUUUCAGAUAUUAUUUAUGUUUGAUUUUAAAAUGUCUGUGAAUUACACACCAAAUGUAAUUUUAUAAUAUAAAAUCAUUAGGGUUCUGCAUCCUAUUAAUUAUAAGUAUAUAGUACAUUGUGUGGACACCAUGUCCUGAGAAGAUUCAGUGCGUCGAUAACAGUUAUAAGCCAAAAAAAAAAAAAAAUGUUUCUUGCUUAUGAUUAUCAGAUGAAAACAAAUCAGAUGCUAAUAAUGGAAAUUACAAGAUAAAAAGACUGAUUGCAAUACCCUGAUGUGGUAAAAUUGUACAUUUGUUUUUCUAGUAACUUUAUGAGACUGCAAUAUGUAGUGUUAGUAUUAUUUAUGAUGCUAGGUGUGUGUAAUUACAUUUCAACUUACAUCUGCUACCUGAGCACAGAGAUGAAAAUAGAAAAAGAGAAACAGCACAUGAUACAUAUCAAAAUAUAGAUGGCAUGUGAAAUGCUGGCUCUGUCUGCGGUGAGAUCUUGAUGAGCUGGACUCAGAUGGCACCUGCUGCUCUUCACCUGUGCUCUUAUUAGAGUCUUUGCCAAGGCAUGACUGGGAUCGUCCCGGUCCAUCUGUGACCCCCGUGUCACAGCUGAUUACACUGUUCAAGUCCUCACCAAAGACAUUCAGUUCACUUGCAAAGCACAUUGUUCAUUAUGCGUUAUUGUUCAUAGUUUGUUUUUAGUAUAGGUGUUUAUCUGAUCCCUUGGUGGAAUAUUGUGCGAUAUUGGAAAGUGUGAAUAACUAUCUUCUCUGUGCAAGGAAUGUUUUUCAGCUGGGUGUUUGGUAUUGUAUUUGAGGUUUACAUGUUAAAAAAUGUUUAUUAUGAUUAUUCUGCCAUGAUUUGAGCAUCUAUCAAGAUAAUAGUAAAUAAAAUAGCUGUAAACGAAUUAAAGCUACGUAAAAUGUUUAUAGGUGUAAAAUAGCAUGCAUCUGAAAGCAUAUUUGGCUGUUUAUUAAGACAUGUUGCUGUUGUGAUAAAAACAUGAAAGUGAAACAAAAAAGUCUGAACAUUUCUGAAACGUUGGUGAUGUAAGAUGGUAAAGCAAAUAAAAGUCAUUUGUCCAUUA